AUGCGUCCCCGUCCAGUCCUGCUCUCCACACUCACCCUGGUCUGCGCCGUUUCCCCCACAGCCCACGCCUUUCAAUUCACUGGCCCCGACUCGGUCGACAAACUCGACCUCGCCAAUCCCAUCACAGUCUCAUGGAGAGCGACAGGAGGAUCUCUCAACGAGCCAGAGGCCCGCUCACUCGAACUCUGGUUCCGCGCGCUCAUCGGCGAUAGUGGUGACCAGGCUGGGUGGCAACUUGCCGCCAACCUGUCCAUCUCGAGUCCCACAUCGUAUGAGUGGGAUCCCAGCAGCAUCGUGGAAGGCAUCCAAGACAACGACCUGACUCUCUCGCCAGAGGCGGUGCACACAUUCGAGGCUAGGCUGCUUGAUGGACAUGGGACGAAGCUGGCAACGGUUCAGAGUGACAAGUACGCUGUCGAGGGCUUUGAUUUCAUUGAGAGCAGUGACGGCGGCGAGGGGACGCGGGAUGCGGUCUACAUGGCCCUCGUUGGUGCGGCGGCUGGAGUGGUGCUUGGGGUGCUGUAG